AUGGUACUGCAGGGGUCAUUGGGAGGCGGGGAGGGAGUUGGGGUGACAUACAAAGAUGGUUAGUAGCAGUAGUCAGUUUGUUGGCGCUGGCCUUUCUAACAAGUAGGGAGGAGUAGAACAGAACCUGGCAACAAGGUUGGCCUUUUACCUUCUUUGAUAUUUAAGUGAAUGUUGAUGUUGUGUGAAACUUGAAUCUGUCCUUUCGCUGCUUCAAUGGCUGUACACGACCUCUCCUAGGGCUUUCCAGAAGUUGCUCGGCAACUUUUUGGCAACUUCUCGUAAUUCGAGCAACUUUUUGCAUUCUGAGUAAUUUCUCUAGUUAUGUUUUAAUUCUGAGAUAUUGGAGCAGCUUUUAGUGCUUAAUUUGGCCUUUCUUCCAUAUUUUACAAUGUUUUAGUAGGCAGUUUAUGAAUUUCCUGUAAGAAAAGAGUAAAAUCCUCUCCCCCCUGGGGCAGAUCAUGGGCGCAAGAUAAAAGGAGCCGGGCUGCUAGGUCAGAAAUUCAAAAUGGUGGACGAAGAUUCACACUCGACUGACUUUGGUGUCGGAGACACCCAACGAGGAUAUUUGAAGAUAAAUAAGGUUUAAUAACCAUAAUAAAGCAUAAACUAUGCUCCUGAGAGCCAUUUUAAGUUGGUUUUAUGGGAAGCCGGGAAAAAUUGUUUGUUUCUCACUCCCAGCAUCAUCCAAAAAAAAAAACACUGGCUCAGUUUGCCAGCUAAAAGAUAAAUAAAUAAGAGAAAAAAAAGGCAACAACAACAACAACUAAAACUUGAAAAUAAUCAAUCUUUUAACUUAGAUUUCCCCUGGAUAAUUAGAUUCGAUCUUGUCUCAGCCAUGGCUGGGGGAUGCGCGAUCAAUAUUUUUGUACAGUUCGUCCCAUAAGAAAUUUUCUUUCCAAAAGCAAUUAAAAAUAAACGUUCCCAGCCAGCACUAAUUCUCUCGCAACACCUGAGAUUCUGGGAGGGUCAAAUCCACUGGCUGCCCCAGCACUUACCGAUUUCUUAAUAAUUCAUUAUUUAUUGCGUUAUCAAGGGUCGAUAUAUCGCUAUUUUCAGGUCAAUCACAGAACUUUCUUCAAAGUGAACCGCUGACCACAUGGGAGUGUGAAAAAGUGACGAAUGUACCAUCACAUGUUCGGAAUGGAUACCGCCUGAGCACAUUUUACAGGAAGUAUCUUCACGCAUACGGUAUCCCUGUGAUUAGUUCCCAAAGAGCCACAGAUGCAGCUCUCCGUAGAGCUUGUUACGUGGUAGUGUUCCUGUUCGCAGAUCGCCAGGAUAUUCGCCGCUCGUUUUAUAAACGUCGUGGACGAGCAGGCGUGAUCGCCGUCACCGAGGGUGUUACGAGUAUUCCAGAACAUUCCUGGCUCCAAAGCUGGUGGAACCAGAGAGCGAGGGGUCUAGGAGCUACUGUAACACAUCCUAUUUCUACAUGUGAGUAUACGUAAAGGCUAUGCCUUUCUUAUCAGCCCUUAUCAACCCUUUUUAAUAUACUAAAAUGCAAUUGGUUGUAUUCUUUUGUUCAAUGGAUUAUGAUUCUUUCCAUUCAAUAGCACAACAUUUUGUUCUUUCAAUCCUCGAGCGAACGAUGGAGACUUGAAAGGUGGUGAAAUCUAGUGCUGCGACCAUUCGUAAUAUUUGUUUUUAAAUAUUUUACAACAUGAAAUUUAGAAUUUUUGUUGAAUUCUGACUUUGGUCAUUAAGGUAAAUUAGGAUGGCGCAAGUAUUGUCUUUUUCAUUUCCUUGAGCAAGUACCCGUGCUGUUUUGGGCAUGUGGCGUUAAGAUUGGUGUUUUGAUGGUCCAGAGAAAGUCUAAGUUAACAGAACAAGAAAAAAAAACUGGUUAGAGGGCUAAAAAAAACACUACCGUAUUCUUUACAUUUUGAUCUAAUCAUUUGGCUUCCGGCUGGAAAGUUCCUGGUAAUUUCCACAUACUCGCUUCGGCUCAAUUAACUGCUCCUCCGAGGAAGUAAAAGUACACCAAGUUUCUCUUACUUUCAGGUGGAGAAGAAAAUAUCCUUUGCUACAAAAACGGCCAAGAUCGGUACCCAAGGGAAGACAUCUUCCUUCAUGAAUUUGUCCACGGACUCCACAACCUUGGUGUCGUCUAUGCAAUUCCAAACUUCGAUGGGAGGUUGCGCCAGCGAUACAACUACCUUAAAAGAACCGGCUAUCGAUGGAGGAAUACAUACGCCAUGUCAACUGACAGGGAGUAUCUCGCUGAAGGAGCUCAGAGUUACUUCAACUGCAACGACGAACAGAACCCGCCGAAUGGCAUCCACAACCACGUCAAUACUAGAUCGGAAUUGAAGUCUUACGAUCCUGUUCUGUAUGGAUUCUUAAAGGAAAUAUUCCCCUGCCAAAAUAAAUUUCUGAAGCGAUGUGACGCGAGGGCGGGUACGUCAGUCUCUUAUAAAUCUUUUUGUUUGCUUGAUUUUCUUUAUUUUAUUUUCUCUCUCUCUCUCUUAUGGCGUACAUUUACGGACGAAAAUAAUUGAAAAUAUAAUACAAUUUGAAGUUCAAAAGUUAGACUAUCCAUGUCGAAAUCUCGUCAUAUGAAUUUGAAAUCGCAAUGAACGCAGUCGAAAUAGCAUCAUUCGAACUUGAAGUUACUACUUUGAACAAGUUGAAACUAUAAAGGGAAAAGUCGACAUCGGGGAUGUUAAGUUCAAAUCACCAUUCCAACUAAAAUGCAAAUUACAUGAUUUGAACUUCAAUUUACCUUCUCCACUCUAAUAAGCUACUUAAUCGUCAACAAUGCAACCAUAAUCUCCCACAAAAUUCCAAAUGAAACCUUUAAUUUGAACUUAAAGUCACGUCACAUAUUCGAAUUCGAAAAACCAAAAUUUCAAUUCGAAAGGAAGCGGAAGUAAAAAUACACAGGAACCGGAAAUGAUAAGAGUUUCGCUACACUGUACAUACAGGAUGUUUGCAUAACUGCAUUUUGGCGCGAAAUCGAACUCUCUGGUCAAUAUGGCGGACAAUUCUAGCUUUAUCUGUUCAAAUCAAGCAAUUGUAGGUCUGCUCCGUUACAUUUGCCCAAUUAUUUUAUUCAACAAUCUAACUUAUCUAUAAAAAAACUAUGUUUAGUGAAAAUGGCUUACUCUAAAUCGAUGUGGCAUGGGUGAUACUGGCCUUCCUAUUUCUACAAAAUUUGUGCACCUUUUAAGUACCGUAAAAGUGCUGUGAGAAGUUAUAACCGUUAUAAUGGCUAAACUAUUUUCGGAUAAAAGUAGGUAAAUGAAAGGAGGAAGCAUAAUUCUUUGCCACUGUAUGAGUCACGAUUACGUUAUUUUAAUGAUAAAGCUAGAAUUAAUUAUCGUAAACGUCCUUCAGUUCACCAACAUGGCGGCCCCUCGAGGCCUUGUCAAAACUGUCAUUCUUGUAUGUUUGGAACCAAAGAGAAUUCAAACCUUAGCAUAUGCAUUCAGUAUUUAGGAAACCAUUCUAAGACUACAUGCCAAAAAUCAGCCAAAUCGACGAGGUACCGUGUCAGGCCGAAGUUCAAAUUUUACAGAAAACCACUCUUAAGUUUGCCACGACAGCCCCUCACAAUCUCUUGGAUUGUCCUUGAGUCACCCUUAUUCGAGUGAAGGGAAAAUCUUUUCGCGCCAAAAUGCAGUUAUACAAACAUCCCGUAUGUAAAGUGUAGCGAAACUCUUAUCAUUUCCGGUUCCUGUAUAUUUUUACUUCCGCUUCCUUUCGAAUUGAAAUUUUGGUUUUUCGAAUUCGAAUAUGUGACGUGACUUUAAGUUCAAAUUAAAGGUUUCAUUUGGAAUUUUGUGGGAGAUUAUGGUUGCAUUGUUGACGAUUAAGUAGCUUAUUAGAGUGGAGAAGGUAAAUUGAAGUUCAAAUCAUGUAAUUUACAUUUUAGUUGAAAUGGUGAUUUGAACUUCAACAUCCGCGAUGUCGAGUUUUCCCUUUAUAGUUUCAACUUGUUCAAAGUAGUAACUUCAAGUUCAAAUGAUGCUAUUUCGACUGCGUUCAUUGCGAUUUCAAAUUUAUAUGACGAGAUUUCGACAUGGAUAGUCUAAUUUUUGAACUUCAAAUUGUAUUUUAUUUUCAAUUAUUUUUGUCCGCAAAUGUACGCCUUACUCUCUGACUUAAUGCGAGGCUAGCCUACAUGUGUCUACCCAAGUCACGUACAAUUGCUGGCGGCAGCUUAUUAUCUCUAAUUCGGUAUAAAGAAUAUUUUAAUUCUUGGUUGUGAAAUCUCGAAGAACUUUAAUUUGAAUAUCGAAAAAUGAAAAAGGAACAAUUAAAAGACUAGCUACUUUUUAUUACAUUUUCGCCCAAAAGCAAACAUUAGACCAAAUAGUGGGGUACGAAUAUGUGAUAAACGAAAUCAACAAAAAUCUCUCACCGUCCCUCUUCUUUUCUUUUAUAUCCAGAUUAUUAUCUAUCAGUCUGCUCAACAGACAAAACCAGACCGUCCUCUCGUUAAGCUCGUCUGCGAACCUGCAGCGCUGAAAUUGGUGUUCUGGGUUCCCAGCUGUGUACCAGGAUUUGAGGGCAAUCCCUUAUUAGCCUGUAAAACAAGCCAUUUUUCGAUUGGCCAAUAAGGUUAAAAUGGAAAAGCACUCCCGGUAAUUAGUUGAGUCCGUUAGGGGCCAAAACAAAGAUUGCAGCGCUGUUCCGCAGACGUUACUAACUGGGAUUAAAAAAAAUUACUUCUGCGACGUAGGCUAUGUACUAAUAAUCUCCCUCACAGCCGUUUUUUGGAUGUCACGCAACGCACUCCAUCUCCCGCUCUGGAAGAGGGCUGCGUGACAUCCAAAAAGCGGCUGCUAGGGAGACUAAUGUACUACUCGCUUUCCGUCAUUGUUUUAGAUGCGUCACGUAUAAAUAACACCUUUAUUUUGUUCUAUGUCUUCAGGUGUAAAGCCUCACAACUUUAAAAUGAACUGUGACAGUAGUAAGUAUAUCUCGUCUCUUUCUUCAACUUGCUAUUACAGCGAAAUUCGUUGUAUCGCGCUGUGCGUUUUGCAAAUUUUGGGUUUUUCUGUUCUGUCAAUCAUCUUAGCGGACCUCCUAGGAAACAUGUUUACUUAAACGAGUUGGAAAGGUCAUGGUUUGUGAUUCGAGAUUGAUGGGUUUCGAUCCGUUUUGUUUGUUUCCGUUUUCAAGGUUUGUUGCCUUGUGAUCGUUCUGUUUCGGGCAAUAAUAAUCGACUAGUUAAGUUUGCUUCGCAGAUUUUUCUGAUCUUUCUCAGUCUUGUUAUUUGCGAGAAUAAAGCAACGUCUGCCUCCGUCCUUCGACAAAAAAUCCACCCACCAUUGCGAUUUCCUUCGCUAUUCUUGAGCAGUCUAGUGAUUUGCAUUAACCCCGCCUUCACUAAAAUGAUUGACGGAACAGAAAAACCGCAGCGCGAUACAACGGAUUUCGCUGUAAAAGGACCUCUGAAGAAUUUUCCUUUCUACUUCAACAAACAAUAUGUAAUCCAUUUUAAGACUGCGCGCUUGAUUCUGUGGAGUCUUAUAUAUUAUGAAUAGCAAGGAUUCUCUCAUUACGUAAUUUUUAUGUUAGACGAUUCGUCGAAAGUUUCGAUUUUUCACGUUUCAACUUGAUCUUGUUCUCUGAAUGUGAAUAUGUCGACAAACGUAUAUAAAAUAAUUUAUUUUUCCCCUUCCGUGUUGACAGAUGGUAAUGGCAUCUUGAUGGACUUCAAAACUAAGCGUCCAGUGGGAACAAAGCCAACACCUCCCAAUACUCCACCCCCUCCAAAUACCCCUCCACCCCCCAAUACCCCACCCCCUCCAAACACCCCACCACCUCCGAAUACCCCUCCACCUCCCAAGACCCCACCCCCUCCAAACACCCCUCCUCCUCCUAAUACCCCGCCCCAUCCAAGUACUCCUCGGACACCAAAGCCUCAAACCCAAAGACCACCAGGUGAGCUUAGAAGGUUUAAUCAAUUGAGCUAAUUUAAUGGGUGAUGUAGGAAGAGGCGGAUUUAUCCGCGUUAAUGGUACAUGCUCAGUUCUACAAAUCCACGAUAUAUAGCUCCGUGCAGGAAAUUUAAAAACCAGACACUUUGGGGGCGUUUCUUUACUUAAAUCCAAUAUCAGAUUAAAAGUCCGGAUCAUUAGAAUUUUUUGUUUAGAAAAUAUUAAACGAUGUAUUCAAAAAUGGCCUAAACGGUGAGCAGUGCAGUCAAACAUGUGGUGUAUGUGUUAAAAUUGUUUCGAGUUGCCGCUAUAUUUGUUUGCGAAGCACGAGUUAAGUAUAAAUCGAAUAAUGAACUUCUUGAUUGAGUCAUACGUAACCUGGACAAGCAAAACUCAUUGAUCUGUGUCCUCUUUUACGAUAGUCGAGUAUUUAUAUUGUCUUUAAAUUCACUCGAAAACGUUUUAUGUUAACUGAGAGAUGAGAUAAAUGCUGUCACUCUACCCUUUUGUGUGUAAGAUGUUCAUUGUGUUAUGUUGCUUGUGCUGGUCAGAGACAUUAUCCUACCACUGCAAAAGUUAAUAGGAAUCGAAGGAAUUUUCUCACCCUCAACACCAAAGCUUGGGAAUUUAAUGGUGAAGUGAAGAAACCGAGCUUUAAAAAAGUGCGAUUAAGGUAUUGGCUAUCUCUAGUGAGCAGUAGAAAAGUAAGGUCGCAUAUAGAAUCGUACCUGAUCUUGAUCUUUUUUCUUUCAAUUGCUACUUUUAGUUAACUGCAGAGAUAACCACCGAUCAUGUUCUUACUGGGCACGAAUAGGAGAAUGCCAGAGGAACUCUGGCUAUAUGUUACUCAAUUGCAAGAAAAGCUGCAAAAACUGUAAGUGGUGAAAACUGAAAGGAAAUGAUAUAUGAUGAGACUAUAUAAUUCUUUAUCUUUCUGUUGCUUGUUGGCGGCCACUUGGUUGUAGCUCAGUGGUGCAACAGGCAGUCGUGGAUUUUGAAUUCAUCAUUCUAGCAUACUGUUUAGGAAAAUUCCUAUGAUACGUCAGCCUUUUCAGUUAAACAAAAUUCUCAUGAAUUGCCGGUAUUUGCCGGACAGUGAUUUAUUUUCCCAAGCUGAUUGUGUUAGUCUCCAACUGAAACGUCACAGCCUAGAUAGGAUUCGCUGCUAGCAACAGAAAUGUCGAAGACAAAUCUAAUUGUGUUAGGGAUGUGAUCAAAGCUUAAUAAUUUGUUCUUAUACCAAUCUUACCGCUCCACUAUUGGAUUGCAACAACGUGACAAGGCGGCCAUGUUGGGGAUCAAUACAAUAGAAUAUUUUUCUCGAAGAAUUUACGUGAAAAUAGAGUUUACUUCGCAGGGAAGAGAAAUGCUUUUGUUCUUAACCACCACUUUGGCCGCCGUGUUGUCACGAGUAAAUCAGCAAUAGAAUGACGCUCCACCAAAUUCAUACUUGCAUAUUAGGACAUCUCUACGUCUUUGUGCAGUUUUUUGCAAUGUAAGCUUCGUGCAAACAAAUGGGUGUGUCUCUUAGCCUCCCCCAUUUCACAUCCUUUAUCCCCUUACAAGGUGAGUCUGUCUUUUUGAGUGUAUACGCAUCUUGACUACUUCCCUUCUAGGAAUAUUUUUGAAAACGCAUACUUUUUGCAUGAAUCUGCCUCCCGUCCACACGAAAAAAGUGAAUCCGCUCAUUCAUCCGCUGGAUAUUCGUGUAAAAAAACUGUGCGGUUUCGAAAAUAUUCGGAUUCGUGUAGAAGGGGCCGAGGUCGCGUAUUAUUUCAGUCAAAAUAUAUAGGCGAUAGUUUUAAUCUUAUAAGGACGCGGUCUUUUUGUAAGGCGCGUUUUAUUUUUGCCCCGUAUAAAUGACCCUAUUGUUGUGAUUGCUUGACCGUACCCUUUAAAUAUUUUGUCAGAUUGUCAAUGCUCUUUUAGCCUGCGUAGCAAGCGUUUCCGCUCGAGUUAUUGCAUGGUGCGAAAGUUAGAGUGAGGGCGAAAUAAUGGGGGUAGGGAAACGGGCAGAGGAGAAGGGGAAACUUUCUUCCUUGUCUAUCCCUCCCCUCUCUGCUCUUUUUCUUUGCUCUCGUUUCAGCUUUCGAGCUGCUCUUGCUGAAACGUAACAAGAAUCAUGUUUGCAUUUGUAGGUGGCAGCAGCUGCAAAAAUCGCCAGGUCAUGUGUGCAACGUGGGCGGGGAGAGGUGAAUGCAGACGAAAUCCGGGAUACAUGACAGUUUACUGCAAAAAGAGCUGUAGAGUGUGCUGAGGAAAAAGUAGACGUAAUAUUCGCCCUUCGUAAGGGAAUCCAAGACAGGAUUCCAGGGACAGGAGUUUG